GCAUUCCGUGCGCACACUCACACUACUAUACUUAUUUUAAGUGAUGCGUUUUAUCGUUUUUCCUCUAUGCUGUAUAUACAUUUAACGUAUGUGUCUCUUUCCUUUUUCGACUUUUCCUUUCUCUUGCUCUCGUUUCAAUAUGAAUCCGUUCAGCAUCCUAUAAGACUCUAUCUGAUGUGAAAUGCAAAAGAGCGAGAGCGAACAAUAAUCAAAAAUAGAAUGAAAAACUAAUACCGUUUGUUUUAUGUAUGUUUGAGAGUCAAACAGGAUGAGUGUAUCUGUGUUCGCAAUAAGAAUAAGAAUAUAGAAAAAGUGAACAGAUAAACGAGAAAAUUUUUUAUCAUACAUCUUGAUGAAAACAUUGGAAUUUGUAAAGGAACAUCUAAUACUUAUUGGAAACAUUUGUUUAUUCGUGCGAGUCAGUAUUCUCGCAAAUAUUUUUCUAAAAUUUGAAAUAAUCAUCUGAAAUGCCGAAGUGGAAACACGUUCUCUUUUACGUUUGUUCUUAAGUGAUCAGAGCCGUGUAAUGAAUUUUGCAUUGACAUCUAGCUGGAUAAAUAGCAUUCAUUGUUGAAGUGAAAGUGGAAACAUUGGUUUAUAUCGAUCGAUUGGAUUGAUACGUAGCGAGUUUAAUGUGUUUUGAAAUCAAUUUAAACGUAUAAUAUCAUCAAAGUGGUGAAUUUUAUGAUACCUUGAAAUCAAGCAGUUGCAAAAUACAUAGCUCUUGCAGAUAUUACCAGCUAAUAAAAAGUACUAUGAAUGUGGAUGCUAGUGAGAGCCUGUUGAAUUCACACAUUUGUUUCAAUGCUCUUGCGACACUUCAAAACAUUAAAAAUGUGGAAAAUUCAUGUAAUUUCUGCUCAUCAUCCGAUCAUGCAACUUAUAUGUGCCCAGUGUUAUCUAAGGGGGAACACGUCAAAGAUACUUCCACGGAUAAUUUGUCAUGGUCAUCAGUACCGCACGGUUUGCAAAUUUACCAAGAUGAAACUGGAUCACACAUCAUAUCGGUGCAAAAAUUUGCCAAAGGUUGCCGUUUCGGGCCAUUAUUGGCACCAAAAUCGUACAUACCGCUGGAGAACACAAAAUUCCCACUAAAAAUAUUCGGUACAGUAAGCCUGGACGUGGAAGCAAUGCAUAUGCCGGAAUUAAGAGAUUUGUUCAAAGUACGACAUAUUCAUCUGGAUACUAGAAAUGAAAAAUACUGCAAUUGGAUGAUUCAUGUAGAUCCCGCACUGUACGCAAACGAGCAAAAUCUUAUCGCGUAUGAAGAAGAUAACGAAAUUUUCUUCGCAGCCAUCGAAGACUUGGAUGUUGGUGACAUACUCAAAGUUUGGUAUUCGCCAAAGUACGGUGAACGUAUGAAAAUGCCAUCAUUGCACGAAAGUCCAUAUCCUGUCACAAAAAAUGUACUCAGUCGAGGCGGAAUUGCCUUGCCUGAGAUUCAUUUAUUCAAUAACUAUUCAGCCUAUGACAAUGAACCAAACCGAACCGAAAUUAUGUUGCCUUCCAUUAAAACGAUAAUCAAGCCAUCGUCGUACGUGAGCUAUGAGAAUCAUCCAUACAACGCAACCAACACUUAUUGUCCCGGAUCGAGUCCGAAUAAUUUGUUCAAUUCAUUGAUGGAUCAUACUAACAAUUUGAAUGAAGACUCACAUUUCUCCAACUCACUUCUGAAUUUAGAUGAUACAUUUUCUACGGAAACAGAAUUUAAUGAAUAUAUGGGCUAUGAGGAUGAUACCGAAAAACUCGAGAAAAUCUUGAAUACAUCCAAUGAUAGUAUUGGUUCUGACAUGCAUCUUUAUUCGAAUUCAGCUUCCCAGAAUGGUAUCGACAAAGAUGAAAAGAAAGUGUAUCCAUGUCGAUUGUGCGACAAGAAAUACUCUACCAUGACCAACAUAUAUCGCCAUGUUCGCGCUCAGCAUAGUUGCUUUUUAUGCAGUUUAUGUAUGAAAAUGUUCGAACACGAGACUGAACUGAAGGAACACAUUCACAAAUGCCCAAAGUCAGAUGUGAAAAAGCCACAAUGUGUUGUAUGCAUGCAAUAUUUUUCGAACUCUUGGUCAUUAACGCGGCACAUUAAGAUACAUGUAUCAGCCGGCGAAUGCAACGCAGACAUCUUAAGUGAGAAGAAGGUAAAAGAUAUCAAAAAAGGCAAAGAUGAUUCCAAAGAGAAUUUUGACUUUUCGGAUGCUGAGAAAAAUUCACAGGAUGGUUUUCUGUUGGGAGCUAUAGCAUCUAUGCCAGACACAUCGUUUGAAUCUGACUUGAAUAAUAUAUGCGUUGGAAAUAACAUGCCCAUAGCAAAAGAGGUUGCUAACCUACAAACAGUUUCACUGGAUAAACUUGAAAUCAGCUCUUCUGACGGUGCAUCGAAUGUUGAAAAAGACAAUGAAAUUUCUUCGUGUGUAGUUUGUGACAAAAAAUUCAAGUCAAAAUCAUGCAUGAACAAGCAUUUGCGAAGUGUUCACGCAGUGAGAAUUUUGACUGGAAUCAAACGUUCCACUUCAAAUCAUGGCCAUUCAAAAAGUUCAUCCAACAAGAGGUCAUAUUUGAGCGAAAGUCAUUCAUCGAUAACACACACGGGCUCUCCAGUAAACCCGAUGACGGCAAAGGCUUUAGCAUCCAAGUUGAACGAACGAAAUAAUAUGCUGAACGGAGCGAAAAAGGCAUCUGGCCAUGGUAAUGUCCAAAGCAAUGGCACAACCAGCGAUAUUCCCAUACCACCCCUAAUAAGCAUUCAGACCAUUCAGACAUCAUCCAUGUCGGGUAGAUUCAAAGACGGUGAUGAUCCACAGCAACGUAACUCUGGUUCACAACGAGGCAAAUUUUCGCAAGCGAAAAAAAUCAAUACGACAGAUACUCAUUCUAAAUCGGUUAAUGACAGAAAGCAACAGAAAAUUGAAACAUCCAAUAAGCAGUCCAAUGGAUCUAAUUUACUGGAUCAUUCGAAAUUGGUUCCUAAUAAUCAGAUUAAGAUGCACAAAUGUGACAACUGUUCAAAAAAGUUCAACAAGAAGUAUGAACUGAAACGCCACAGAACAGUCCAUGAAAAUAUUACGUACAAAUGUCCAUAUUGCGGAAAGGAGGUGAAGCGUAAACCAAGCAUGAUAAAACAUUUAAGAGUAGUGCACAAAGAAGAAGAACAUAUUUGGAGUGAUGGAAAUUUCAUUGCACAGCUUAAAAAGUACACAAAGGCGUCGGCAGAAGGUUUUGCGCAAUCUGAAAGUAGUAAUACAAAUGAGUCUAGUACCGACGAAAGGAAUAAUAUUCAGCCAAAAAAGACUUCAUCAGACAUCGCAUCGCUGGAUAAUGGUGAGAAUGGUGAAAUUUAUAAGAAUGUUUUUUUGAGCGGUGACGCAAAGACAUCAUCGAUAUCUCGAACUAUGUUGAGCACUUCACAUCCAAUCCAAGCAAUAUCAAAUACGAGUGAAGAUGAAAUGAGCUUGCUUGAGGCAGGAUCUACGGUUGAUUUAGUUGGUGAUAACCGAAAGCAGUCAGUCGUUAAUAUGACGACACAAGCCAGUUUGAAUAACAUUAUUGAUGACUGUUUUUUUGGUGAUGAUGCACUCAACUGUAAUGUUGUACUUGUCCACAGCCCAUUCAGUAGCGAUAACGACGUCGAUGGUUUCACUAUGAACAACGAAAAUGGAAACUGUGUCAUGAACAAAGAACUUUUGAAUAAAUUCCAUGAUCGUCUUGAGGAAAUGGAAGAAAAGGUUGACAGCACUGACUUCAAAACCAUUUGGGAUCAUGUGCUAGAUGAGGCUUCAGAUUUGAACGAUGACAUGUGUACUGACGACAUCGAUGAAAGUGUUGUAGUUUAGCACAACAAUGCAAAAAAAUAAAAGCAUGAACUACGUCAGUAAAAUAUAAAGCAAAGACUCUUUGCUAAAGAGAACUGAAGACUAAAUUUGGAACAUUUUCUAUAAUAGUACCGAAGAAAACAUGUGCAAUGCUUCUCAAUGCCUCUGAAAAAUUCAAACGAUUCGGUCAUUUAGAUUUAUUCUUGGAUUACUUUAAAUGCAUUUUCUAUUAAAAAAAAGUGUAUCUCUUUCCAAAGAAUUUAUCAAACUACAAACAGAACUUUAUUAUAAUAAACAUUUCUCAAACAAUUUUCCAUCCAAACUGUUCGAAAAUUACGAUUAAAACAUAAAAAUAUACUGAAUUGUAAGUUUUAACGCAAAGAAAAACAAAAUAACAAAACAAACAUCAUGCGAUUAUAUUUGCAAAAAAACGAUGUGGAAUCACGUACGAAAUCGCCAAAAUUGUAUCGUAUAAGUUAAAGAACAAGCAUUCAAAAUAUUUCUUAAAAAUCUCUUUUCGAUGUAUGAUGGAUUUCCGAAACUUCAACCACAUGAUCACGCACAUGAAAUCGACGUGAAGAAUGUAUUUUCAAACUAAAAUUAUACAAUUAAAAACCAUAGAUUUCUUCAUAGAA